UUGAAAACAUAUCGAUAUAUCGAUGUUGUAAUAGUUUUCUCACAUUCCUAGCAACUUGGCAAGCUCCUUCCUUUUUCGUUUUCAUCUCCGGUGGCGUGACGACCUGCUUUCAUUUUCAGAAAAAAAAAAGAAAAUCAUGAGCAACCGCAAACACUCUAAGAAAUCGUGUCGCCCUUGGGACUCCAAGUCCAAGUCCAAGCCCUAUAACCCUAUAGCCCCAUCAAGCGGCCAGGAGAGCGAUGUUCCCGAUUCUAAAGGCUUCAUAGACAAGGUCAUUGGGAAAAGGUUAAGGAACGGGCGCGUCGAGAUGCUAGUUAAGUGGAUAGGCCAUCCUUCCACUUGGGUGCCAUUGGUCAAUUUUGGCACCUGCUUGUCGAUGCUCGAGGAUUAUGAAACCGAGCAGUUGCAGCUACGUGGAAUCCACCAAGAGAUGCUAUCCAACGAUCAGGAUUCGAUGAGUUUUCCUAGCCUUGGCCCGUUGACAAUCCAAUCGGAUCCGACCGAAAGGCUGGCAGAGGCUGGAAUAAGUCCAUUGGAGACCGCGGAGAACCAGAACGACGAUGACCCCGGCAACACGCCGGACUCCAGUGGCAGUUCUCGCAAGGGCAUGGAUUCUUUAAGUCCACUGAAAGAGCUGAUUGGUAAGAGCCCAUUGAAGGCCCCCAAGAAUCUGAAAGAUGAUGCCUACAACACGUCUGACUCCAGUGGCGGUUCUCCCGAAGGUUUGGAUUCAAGUCCUUAUAAAGAGUGGAAGAUUCAAUCGAAACUGCCCGGAAAGCCAACAGAAAAGGCUGGAAAAUAUUCAGUGAAAGCCAAGAAGAACCUAAAGUUUAACAACGAUGACACGCCUAGCUGCAGUGGCAGUUCUAGCAAAGGUAUGGAUUCAUCAACUCCAGCCGAAUCUAAUGGGCAAUUCGGGAUAAAACCACACAAAGAGCUGCUUGGAAAGCCUAAUGAAAGCCCAGGGAACCGCAAGAGGAAUCUAACAGUUGAUGAAGCUAGGAAGUUACAUGCUAGCAAAGGUUCGAACUCCGAAUCCAACUGGAAGAUCCAAUCGAAACCGUUCCAGAAGGUGGAACAAAAUCCAAAAAAGGUAAUGAAGAACUCCCACUUUGAGGAAGACGACGACUCGUCUGAUUCAAGUUCAUCCCACUGGAAGAUGCCGCCGUACCCGAAAGUCUAUGGGUUUGCUCGCGGACUGGAGAUGGAUAAAGUGGUGCACAGCUUCCAUGUGGGUGAGAAACGCAUUCUGUUUGUGACCUGGAAGGGAUACGACGGCAACGAUGCGGUGCCCUUUGACGAAGUGAAGGCAGCCUAUCCGGAAAAGAUUAUCGAGUAUUUUGAGAACAUGGAGCGGCGUUACAAAUAAACAUUUUUAUACUACAAACAUUAACGAAAAACCCAACAUAAUGGGGAUUCGUUCAAGGCAUCGAAAAUCCAUCAGGAAACAGUUGAUCUCCUUCAGAAAUUCAUACUAAACCUAAUUGUGUCUGAUUUAUAGAUAGAUAAAUUAUAAAUUAUACAAACAUGAAUUUCAGAAUCAUUAAAAGGCUACUUUUUCGCUUA